AAGUUAUGGCAAUAAAGUUCAUUCUAUUUGGUCUACUUGUAAAUGUUCUCAUAUUCACAGAUGCACAAUCCGUAGGUGUGUGCUACGGGCGAAAUGGUGACGGUUUACCCUCACAACGAGACGUCGUAGCUCUUUACAGAAGCAACGGCAUAGGCAAGAUGCGGAUUUACGAUCCAGAUAUGGCUACUCUUGAAGCACUUAGAGGAACCAAUAUUGAAGUCAUGCUUGGUGUUCCUAAUGAUGUUUUGGAGUCCCUUAAUGAUCAAAACAGGGCAAAUACAUGGGUUAAUGACAAUGUACAAAAGUACUCGGAUGUCAACUUUAAAUACAUUGCUGUUGGAAAUGAAGUCGAUCCAAAUAACGAAAAUAGUCGAUACGUAAAUUUUGUACUCCCAGCGAUGCAAAAUGUUCACAGUGCUAUUAAAGGCGCGGGCCUAGAUAACCAAAUUAAGGUCUCGACCGCAACCUAUACAGGUCUUUUGGUGACCUCGUUUCCACCUAGCAAUGGUGCAUUUCACGAAAAUGUGAAAGGAUUUAUCGAACCAAUAAUAAAAUUUCUAGCCCAAAAUAACUUGCCAAUGCUAGCUAACAUUUAUCCUUAUAUUGGUUACCUUGGUGACCCUAAUGGAAAUCUACCAUAUGCAUUGUUCACCGCACCAGGAAUAGUUGUGACCGACCCUAACGGUCGUCAAUACUCCAACCUUUUUGACGCGAUGUUAGAUGCUCAUUAUGCGGCUCAAGCUCCUCUUGGUGGCGAAAAUGUGGAGAUUGUAGUGUCCGAAAGUGGAUGGCCAUCAGAAGGCGACCGUGGGGCAACAGUGGACAAUGCGAGGACUUACAAUAACAACUUGAUCCGACAUGUCAAAGGGACAACGGGGACGCCAUUAAAGCCUGGAAGAUCUAUAGAGACAUAUUUGUUUGCGAUGUUUGACGAAAACAAAAAAGGCGGAGCGGAGACAGAGAAACAUUUUGGGAUAUUUUCUCCAAACCAACAACCAAAGUAUCAGCUAAGCUUCAAUUAGAGAUAUUAACCAUUUGAAGAACUAUUAAAGAAUCGUAUAAUAAGUAUAUAUAGUUAAAAAGCAUAUGCAAAAAGUAAAGUUGUUCUAUACAACCUAAUAAAUAAAUUGAAUGUUCAAAAAAAUAUAAAAUAAAUUGAUAUGGAAUAAAGAAUGUUUGUUAUGCAUCAAGAGAGUGUAAAUGAGUCCGUUUUUUAAUGAUAAGUUUUUAUUUUAACU